GGAGCCCAGUGCGCCGCGCGCGUCGGAGGAGUUGGGAGCCGGCGCAAAAGUUUCCUCCCAACUCCGGCCCCGCGCGCCGCCGCCGCCGCCCACUCCAGCCCGGGGCCUGGGGCCGGCCCUGCCACGGUCGCCAGGGCCACCGCCAGAGGCAGGGCCGGGGCCGGGCCGGGCGGCGCCCGCAGUUUCACUUUGGCGCGUGGAGCCUCCGCCGGCGCCCGGCCGACCCGCCGCGUCCCCGGGUCCGCUUGCUUCCCGCCCUCGGCCUCCCGUGGGGACGGCUGUCCCCGGUCCCCUCCCGCUCCCCCACCCCCGGGGGGUUGCAGCCGCGCGGGACCCGGCCCCGGAGCCACGCGCGGGACAGCGGCGUGUCCGCCCCACCGCCCUCCCCUCCCCACCCCCGACGGAGGGGCUGCGCCCGGGUAGAGGAGGGAUCAGACACCUGUUCGGCCCCCGGCCCCGGCGCGCGGGAGCCCAGGGGCAGGAUGAAAGUGACAGUGUGCUUCGGCAGGACCGGCAUCGUGGUGCCCUGCAAGGACGGCCAGCUGCGCGUCCGCGAGCUCACCCAGCAGGCGCUGCAGCGCUACCUGAAGACCCGGGACCAGGAUCCUGGAUACUGGGUGAAGAUUCAUCACUUAGAAUACACAGAUGGAGGAAUCCUGGAUCCGGAUGAUGUCUUAGCAGAUGUUGUUGAAGACAAAGAUAAGCUCAUCGCUGUGUUUGAUGAACAAGAGCCACUCCAGAAGAUUGAGAGCCCCAGUGGAAACUCCGCGGAUCGGCAGAGCCCAGAUGCUUUCGAGACAGAAGUGGCUGCCCAACUGGCUGCGUUUAAACCGAUCGGUGGGGGAAUCGUAGUGACCCCGUCCGCUCUGAAGUUAGGCACUCCACUGCUGGUGAGGAGAAGCAGUGAACCAGCACCAGGGCUACAUGCUGAUGCCCAGCCAAGCGCUGCAAGCCCCAGUGGCCAGAGUUUGAAACCUGUUGUUCCGAAUUCCACCCAGAACUGGGAAAACAGAGAAGUUAUGAAUGGUGAACACACAGAGCUGCUAUCAUCGCACAGAACGAAGGAUACACUGAGUGAUAUGACAAGAACAGUGGAGAUUUCUGGAGAAGGAGACCCCCUGGGAAUACAUGUGGUGCCCUUCUUUUCAUCCCUGAGUGGACGGAUCCUGGGACUCUUCAUCCGAGGCAUUGAAGAAAACAGCAGGUGUAAGCAGGAGGGACUAUUUCAGGAGAACGAAUGUAUUGUAAAAAUCAACAACGUGGAACUCCUGGACAAAACUUUCGCUCAGGCCCAGGAUGUCUUCCGCCAGGCAAUGAAAUCCCCCAGUGUGGUCCUUCAUGUGCUUCUGCCUCAAAACCGUGAGCGCUAUGAGAAAUCAGUCAUUCGACCACUGAACAUCUUUGGCAACAAUGAUGGGACUUUGAGAGCAAAGGCUCCGCCUCCUGCCCGUGGGAAACCAGGAUUAAAGGCAGCAAAUCUCCCAAGACCCAACAGUCCUGAAGCAGAUGAGUCAACUUCCCCACAGCAAAGCAAGAGCCCCCAAGUUCCAAGACAGGAAAGAAAACCUGCAUCUCCCUCACUCUCCCCUUUCAUUGGGUUUGGCAGCAGGAAAAAUGCAAAAAAAAUUAAGAUUGACCUAAAGAAAGGCCCUGAAGGACUUGGUUUCACUGUGGUAACCAGAGAUUCUUCUAUACAUGGUCCCGGUCCCAUUUUUGUAAAAAACAUCUUACCAAAGGGAGCAGCAAUAAAGGAUGGCCGCCUGCAAUCAGGGGACAGAAUUUUGGAGGUAAAUGGCAGAGAUGUCACAGGAAGAACUCAGGAAGAGCUUGUGGCCAUGCUGAGGAGCACCAAGCAGGGAGAAACAGUAUUACUGGUCAUUGCCCGCCAAGAAGAGAGCUUCCUGCCCCGAGAGCUGAAAGGAGAACCUGACUGCUAUGCACUCUCCCUAGAGACAAGUGAGCAGCUCACCUUGGAGAUCCCCCUGAAUGAUUCCGGUUCCGCUGGCCUUGGGGUUAGCUUGAAAGGGAAUAAAUCUCGAGAAACUGGAACUGACUUGGGGAUUUUUAUCAAAUCUAUCAUCCAUGGAGGUGCUGCUUUCAAGGAUGGCCGUCUGCGAAUGAAUGACCAACUGGUUGCUGUUAAUGGGGAAACUCUUCUGGGCAAGUCCAACCAUGAUGCCAUGGAAACGCUGAGGAGAUCAAUGUCCAUGGAAGGAAACAUCCGGGGCAUGAUCCAGCUGGUGAUACUGAGGAGGCCAGAGAGACCACUGGAGGGGCUUGCAGAGUGUGGGGCCCUUUCCAGACCGUGUUUUGAGAACUGUCAAGAAGCUCCGAGCACCUCCAGGCGAAAUGAUAGUAGUGUAUUGUAUCCGUUUGGCACUUACAGUCCACAAGAUAAAAGAAAAGACCUACUGCCUCCCAAUGACGGGUGGGCCGAGAGUGAAGUACCGCCGUCCUCACCACUGCAUCCUGGUCUGGAAUGGGGCCUUGAAGAUUACAACCACAGCUCUGAGGUGGAUUCCACAGUAUAUUUUCCAGAUCAACAUGUCAAUUUCAGAUCUGUGAUACCAUCUAUGCAGCAUGAAUCAAUUAACCUGAAAACCUCCAAGAGCAUGGACCUUGUGCCAGAUGAAAGCAAAGCUCAGUCAUUGGCUGAUCGCAGAUCGGACUCUCCAAGCAAAGAUUUUGGUCCGACUUUGGGUUUGAAAAAGUCCAGUUCCUUGGAGAGCCUGCAGACUGCUGUGGCCGAAGUCAGGAAGAAUGACCUGCCCUUCCACAGGCCCAGACCACACAUGGUGCGAGGCCGGGGCUGCAAUGAAAGCUUCAGAGCAGCCAUUGACAAAUCCUACGACGGGCCGGAAGAAGGAGAAGCUGACGGUCUCUCUGAUAAGAGCUCUCACUCUGGCCAUGGAGCUCUGAAUUGUGAGUCUGCCCCUCAGGGAAACCCCGAGCUAGACGAUGUGGAAAAUAAAGCCAGGAAAGUCAAAAAACCGAAAGAGAAGGAGAAGAAAAAGGGCAAGCAGAAAGUCAAGGAGAAAAAGCAGAAAGAGGAGAGUGAGGACCCAGAGAGGAAAAUGAAGAGGAAGGGCUUCGGGGCCAUGCUGAGAUUCGGAAAGAAGAAAGAUGAUAAGGUGGGAAAGGUGGAGCAGAAAGGUACCCAGAAGCCCGGGCACCAGGGAGAAGAAGAGCUGGAUAAAAUGAAAGAAGAGAGGGAAAGGAUCGGAGCAAAACAUCAGGAGCUAAGAGAAAGGCAGGCAAGAGGCCUUGUUGAUUAUGCCACUGGAGCAAUUGGAUCAGUGCACGAUAUGGACGAUGAUGAAAUGGACCCCAAUUAUGCCAGAGUGAACCACUUUCGGGAGCAAGGCACAUCAGCGAAUGCCUUUAGAUCUCCGUCUCCCCCUCGAGCUGGAUCACUUGCUUACCCUCAGGAUGGACGUCCACUGUCUCCAGACAGAGACCACUUAGAGGGUCUCUAUGCCAAGGUCAACAAGCCAUAUCAUCCUCCAGCCCUAGCUGACAGUGGCCGUCCCAUGGCUGGAAACAAUGACCGCAUCCAGAAGCUUCGGAAGGAGUACUAUCAGGCUCGAAGAGAAGGGUUCCCUUUGUAUGAAGAGGAAGAGGGACGAACCCGGCCAUCUGACCAUGACCUUCGCUGGGUGUCUGGAAAGGGUCCAGAUGGAAGCGCACACAACCUCCGCUUCGAAGGGAUGGAGAGGCAGUAUGCAUCCUUACCCAGGAGAGGCUCAGCAGAUCCCAUGGACUACCUGACCGCAGCACCCCGAGGGCGCUACAGUGAGAGAGAGCUUCCAUACUACCCAGGGCCUCAUCCUGUACAUCCCCCGAGAGGGGGCUAUCCCCACUCCUCAGAUCUGAGGGUGGCAGAUCUCCGAUAUCCGCAGUACUAUCCGCGCCCACCAGCCCAGCAGCACAAAGGACCCUUCAGACAAGAUGUUCCGCCUUCCCCACCUCAGCACCAGCGAGUUACAACCUAUCAGGAGGUGGGCAGAGCAAGGCCCCGAGGGGGCAGCCCUGAGCGGAACCCCUAUCGUAACCAGGAUCCCAGGCAGAAGAACCCCAUGACCGCAGCCGUAUAGCUGAACAUCAGACAUCUUCCAAGCAAGGAAGACAUCCAACACCACCUUUGCCCUUGCUAGACCCUGAGGCCUAACCCAGGUUUCGGUGCCCAUGGUACAGGGACGCUCUUGCUCCCUGAGGAUUCAAUACUUGACUGCUAAUCAGAAGAGAGAAAAAGGGGACAGGGGCUUGGGGGUGUGGAUUCAAAAGGAAGAAGGAGUGUGGGGUCAUAAAAACAGUACUUCCUGAUACUUGAAAGGCUUGAAGAAUUGGUCGAUUCCAGGAGAGUGGCAAUUGAUUAACAGCCAGUGGAGCUCCACUAUAGUAAACCCUGGCUAGAAAACCAGUGCUGAUUACAAGCCCCGACCCCAUCACUGCACAAAGUAGAGGUAGCAAUACAGUGGAGGUUGUCUCGGCCAGGCCUAGUCACUCACAUUCGGAGACUUACUCUCUCAGCCCUGACCUUGGAGCUGGGAGGCCUACACAGUAGUAGAGUAGAGAAGCUGCAAAUACGGGCAUCUUCACGAGCACUGUGUUUUCACUGAGAACAAUGUAACAAUAAAACAUGACCAGUGACCUCUGUGAGACUUUCGGCCCAAAGGGAAGACUGCAUUUCCUUAUUUAUAGUCGACCUUGGGCUCCUGGUACGGCUUGUUUGAUUCAUAACUUUCACAUAUCCUUGCUUUUGAGAGAAAAGCCAGUAGAAUCAGAAUGCAGUAUUAGUGUCCUGGGAGGAUGUGCACACCUGUCCAAGCUUCCAGAAGGAGCUCAUUCCAACCACGAACCACAGUGAGCAGGUGAAGAGGGGUGGCGGUCCCUCGGCCCUUGCUUUCCCCUCUCCCAGGCCCUGACAUGCUUGCUUGGAGAUCGCUCCUUCCAGAGUCCUCCCCAAAUGCCUAUAAUUAUGUUAACUGAGACCUCUACUUUUAGACUUCUAUGUAAGGGAUAAAGAAAACAUGUGAGUGGUGUGGGUAAAGAAAGGAGAGCCUGCUGGUCAGGCCACACAGAAAGCAAUGUCCUGGGGAUGUGAAUUCCAGACUCAGUGCCAAACAGUACCCAUCUGCCCCUGGGUCAGUGAGGAAACUGGUCACCAGAAAGAAGUAGAUAAAAGUGUGUGUGUGUGUGUGUGUGUGUGUGUGUGUGUGUGUGUGUGUGUGUGUUCAAACACAUGUGAUUACCAGUAUGGAGAGUAGAAGGGAAAAUUGCCUUCUGGAAGUUUGAUGAGGAAGAAAUCAGAGGAAGUAAAGAGAGAAGACUCGUAAGAUUAAAUCAGUCUGCAUCUGCUAUAUCUCAUUAACAAAUGUCAGGGCAAAGCCAAGGUCUCCACCUGAUUUAAAAGACAAAAGAAAGAAAGAGAGCAUUCUGGCUCAAGAAGCUGAAAAGCCACUCUUGCUUCCUUUGAGCUUUUCUACACAACAGAGCGUCUGAAGCUUCCAAUCUGAUCCAAACAGGGACACACGCAAAAGACUGAGAAACGGCAGACGCGGCCAGCACUAUGAAUUUCUCAGCGACUGCUAAGUACUUUAAGCCACCCACCUCCCCUCUCGCCCCCCUCCCCAAAAGGUCUUUAGUUCAAUAUAGACAUAUUUUGGCUGAGAGUAGAAUACCACUGACCAACAGAAUUGACUGAAUUAUAGUAUUCUAAAAUACAUAGAGUAGCCAUCUGGCCCAAUUUAGGCUUUUUUUUUUUUUUUUUUAAUAGUUUUGUUACCAAGAAUGAUGCAGCUGCUGGGUUUAGACGUAAAUGGUGUCCUUUGCUGGACUUCGAGAGAGAUCGUUAUCUAAACCACAGUGACUGAGGCCCUCUGAAAACUGACUGUCAACUUGCUUUUUGCCCUCUGCCCUCCCUUUUCAGCCAGCACCCUUACAUCAUAUGUAAUUUGUCCAGUGGGGUGGAGGAUCUCAGACUCUGCCCAACAAGGUAUUGUGGCGACACUGUAGGGUCCCUGGCCACCGUGCUGAAAAUGGCAUUUCCUUUAAGCCAAGGAAUCCUGAAAGAAACUGAUACAGUGAAGGAAAUGCAACUUUUUUGGGGGGACGGGGGAGAGAAUUAGAACAACUCUUAAGCCAGGCAUGGUACCACAUGCCUAGAAUCCAAGCAGUCAGGAAGUCAAGGCAGGCAGACGCAAGGUGGCAGCUAGCCUGAACUGAAGGGUGAGCUGAAGACCAGCCUGGACUAUAUAAUGAGACCCCCUCUAGGGCGCUUUUUUUUUUUUUUUUGAGGAGGGGUUGUUUUUGUUUGUUUUUAAGAUUACUCUUGGUGUGUUCUAUAUUUUCCUCAAAUUUCUGUAAAGCACUGAUUCUAUCCAAGGCAGAAGUUUCCCCUUACAGAAAGGCUGGACCACUUAAAGGUGGGCCACGGUCAGGCGACAGUGGUGUGCUCUGGAGAAGAGGCACUUGAGGAUAACUGCUCAUGUCUCUGGCUCCGGCACUGACACCUUGGGCACACAGUACCCUAUCUGCAGGCUUCAGACCAGCUGCUUCAGACCUUGGCUUUGUGUUGGGUACACAGUCCAUCCAACAGUUGCUAAUCCUGAGAGGCCCUCUGAGGCUCAAAGGUAUUAUUAAAGAGAACAAAAAGGAGAUGAGAACAGCUUUCUUUUCUUGCUUCAAAGUAUAGCAAUCUCUGCAUUUGAUCCUGCCCUAAAGAACUAACAUUAUAUUUUGACGGAGGCUGCAUCAAGCCAAGCAACGGUUAAGAACCGCUCGGGCAGUAAGCUUUAUGCUGGAGUACUGUCCCGCCCACUGUCCCCUCUCCACAGCCGCAGGACCAUUUUUCAGUGCUCUAGGAGAACGGCUGGCCAUCUGGAAGUCCAGGCUAUGAUAAGCAGGUCCCCAGAAGAAGAAACUAGCUCCCAGUCUAUGUACAACCUUGGGGAAACUCACCUGGGUAUCUCUCUGUAGCUGGGAACAGAGAGAAAGGUUUAUGAAGACCUACAAACCUGUUAGCAGGCCAUCCAGCUUCAUGGGCCCUCUUUCCUCCCUUUCUCCUAUAACUAGAAAGAUAAGAGAGAGAGACCACUAAAAACCUCUAGUCUCUAGAGAAUACAGUCUUCCACAGAGAGAGAAACACCGCCCAUUGGUCCAUCACACCCCUGGGCUGAGGCACCAUCCUUCUUGGCUUAAUACUGUUUCCCUCCAGAGUUAAGCAGUAGGCAAACAAAGGAACAUUUUCUUAAAUCAUGAUUUCAUAGCAAACAAAGCUUAGGAAAAAAUUAUUCUAAAACUCAUUAUUCCGAGACUUUUCAGAACAUCUAUGUUGAACCCACAGGACCUCGUGGAGCAAAAGUCUGAUGGAUUCGAUGGCAUCAUAGAGAAACAGAGCCUUGGAGGCUUUAUUGGAGCCUUAUUUCUGCUACCGACAGAAUAAAAUUAAAACAGGAUCCACUGCCUUGAUUUUUUUUUUUUUUUUUUUUUUUUAGCUAAAUCUACCUUGUGAAGGAAUCCUCCUGCAACUUCAGGAUGGAAGAGCUGGUUCCUCUGUUCCCUGGUCCACAGAGGGACCAAGACCAUAAAGAGCAAUUACUUUUCCCUUCACUGAAAAUCAACAGUGUUUCAUUUUGUUUGCUUGCUGUUUAGUGUUUGAGCAGUGUUACAGAAUUUCAGGCCUGUGGAAAGAAUUGAAAGGUGAUUGACAAAAGGAAUGUGUCUCUGUAAAAUUCCCAUCAGCAUUAAACACUGAGAUCCACUGUGAGCAGCUUUCAAACUGUCCUUAAAUUGAGUAGACAUCCCACAGCUUCCCUGUGCGUGUGAACAGAAAGUCCCAAGUUUUACUCAAUUAGGCAGGAGGGAGUUCCAUUCAGAAAAAUCCAUAAUAGUGUUUCUCGUAGAAACAGGGAGAUGGGAAAGGGGAUUCUCCAUAAGAUAUCCCUACAAAGUCACCUUUCUGAUAAAAGAGAGGGCAAAAAAAAAAAGUUAGAAAUCUAAAAAUAAGCCAGGACUCUCACGUGGAACUAUGACUUCGAAGUGUAACUUUCUCCCUCCUCUCCUUAAAUAGGCACACAAUCUCCCACGGCCUGGCUUUUAAAGUUGGGUUUGGCUACUAAGCUCAGAGUGGGAAGGGAACCAUUCCCAAAGACUCUGAGCCCAUCUCUUGAUCUGCUCUUCAGAAAGUGUUCUGUUCCAUCUGCAAUGCUAUUUACUACUGGAACAUAAAACAAAGUCUGUUGUUUGUACCCAUACUUUCUCUCGUCUCCCCUGUUCUUUUAUGAUUACCAAGUCGUCUGUUCAUAUAUUCUAAAGAUAAAUUAUGUGAAAUCGUAUUUUGGCAUAUGGGGAUGGAGAGUGAAUUCUUUACAAACUUUUUAAUAUGCUCCCAUUUAUAUCACUGAAGACAUUUUGGAUGUUAUUGUAUAUGAGUAUAUAAAUUUUUCAUGUUUUAUUUUGCAUUAAAAUAAAGCUUUAUUCAAUCAGUGA